CAGUAGUAAUGGAUUGUUGCGAAGGAAAACAAUAUGGCAACCGAAAUUGUUUAAUAAUGACAUUUUGAUUUAUUUGUUUGUUAUUUUGUAAAAUGUAUUCUAGGGCGCAUCUGUUAAUUGAAUUGGAGCAACAAAAACUUCAAAAAGAUUCUCCAUGGGGUAUAGAAGCUUCUAUUUUAGAUGAGACCAGUAUAUUUGAAUGGAUGGUAAAAAUUAAAGGUUUGAAAAACACUCUUUGGGAAGGUGGGAUAUUCAAAGUAUAUAUAAAGUUUGAUGAACAUUAUAAUUAUCGUCCACCGCAAGUUUACUUUCAAACCAUACCAUUUCAUCCAAAUGUUGAUGUAGGAACUGGAAAACCUUGUGUGGAUUUUCUUGAUAAUAAUGAACAAUGGAAAGAAAAUUACAGCCUAUCAAUGAUUUUGAUUUCACUUCAGACCUUGCUGUCAAAUCCUAUAGUAAAAAAUGCUGUAAAUGUGGAGGCUGCUCAUAUGUUACUGACCUCUCCUGAUUCAUAUGCUCAGAUGGUCAAAGAAUGUGUUAUAGCCAGUCAAAAAGUUGAAGCAGGAGAAACUAUUGACAUUACUGAAACCAAAAUUAAGCCUGUGGCUUCUAAGCUACAGCACUCAAGAGCAGCCAAAACCACUCAAAGUCUUCGUUCUGUUAAGCUGUCUUUUGAAGAUUACCACAAAACUUGGUGUGCUAUAGCGACGUCUCAAACUAAGCUGACACAAGCAAAUCCAGUUGUCGAGUCUGUUAAAGAUAAAGACAAGUUACAAGAAAUACAUUUUGGUAUUUCAAGACAGGAUGUAGAGCAACAGUUUCAGAAACAAGUUGAAGAUCAUAACAAUUUGGUUUAUGGUGUUUUUAAAAAUAAACCAUCAGCGGGAGAAAUUAAGGCAGCCAAGCUGGCACAGCUAAACAAAAUGAAAGAGAUGUAUCGUCCCCCUAAACAAUCACCAGAGCCCAAUGAUGAGAACAGAGAGAAACUACUAAAUAGGCCAGAUAUAGAGGAUCAAGAUAUUCUAGACAAAGAAGUGGAUGACCUGGUUAACUGGACUAAUAAUCUAAAUUCCAAUGCUAUUGAUACCACAUAAAGAACAAUGUGUUCCAAAAAUGUUCAUAUGUGAACAUUUUCUCCUUAGAUUAAUAUAUGUGCCCCCCACCCCCUUUAAAAAAAAAUUCUAAUAAUCUGACAUGCAAAACCAGUUUGUUAUUUUUAUUUUAUUAUCAUUUGUAUUACCGGUAUUAUUAUUUUAUGUCACACUGGUUGAAGAUCUAUUAAUUCUUGUGUUUUUUUUUAAAGUUUUACGAAUAAAUUAUUGUUUAUGUAAAUGUGGAACAUUGAAGGGAAUGUUGUGAUUAAGAACAGAUUGAUUUGUUAAACUAUCGCCAAUUUAUUUUUGUUCAAAUUAUUCCUAUGCCAAAUUAAUGACAAAGUUGUGGACCAAAAUGUAUUAGAGGUAGGUUGUGGGAUGUGUGGCUCAGUAGCUAAAACCAUGAGCUACCUAUCAGGGGUGGGCUGGGUGUCAAAAUCGUCCUGGGCAUUUCUAGACAAUCCGGCCCACAAAUUGUAUAUCAUCCAAUUCUAGGUCUGCCUGUCCUCAAAAUCAUUAUGUUAAGUUUGAUAAUGUAUCAACAACUGAAAGAAUUUCAGUAUUACACACUCUUUCUUUUCAUGCUAUUUUUAAGAUCCUUCGAAGGCAGCGUCACACUCCUAACAAUUUACUCUUUUUUUGUUUCUUAUUUUCUCUUUACUUUGAGCAAGAAUUAUUUUCAUUCUGUUCCCCUAAUAUACUAUUUCUAUUAUUACAAAGCUUAAAUCAACAACUGACUCUGUCUGUCUGGUAAAAAGUGUGUACACAAUAUUUCUCCCACACCCGUUCUCGGAUCAAGUUGAAACUUCACACAAUUGUUCAUUGAUAUAGACAAGACACGAAUCAAUUUUUAAAAAGUAACUAAUUAAACAAUUAAUUACUGGUAAUUAAUUGUUAGGUUUAAUAGCAACAAAGAAAACUAAUACUUCAGUGUGCACAGAUGUUGCUAAAUGUCGGGUAUAGUCCCCUUUAAUAAUUGUUAAUGAAAUUUCUCCGUCACGUAUUCUCCGAUCAAGUUGAUACUUUAAACAAUUUUUUAUUGUACCUAACAAAACAUGAAUCAAUAAACAAAAAUAUUCAAUUAGUCAA